AUCGGGUUCUCGUGUUGUGAAAAGCCGGCGUCACGGACUUGAUAAGAUUAUCUGAUGGCCACGCUCAGUCCUGGUCCGUGUGGCUAGUAUUCGCGUUCUUGCCUCGCAAGCGUCAACCCAGCCCUCAUCGAAAUUCCAUUUUUACUCGUAAACAAGCUCAUCGCCAUGGAGUGCAAGUGUAACACCCACACCCAUGAAGCUUGCGGCCCGCGGCUCAGCGAAAAAGAAGAAAGGCGCUAUAUGGACUCGGCAAUCGUCAAUAUUCUAGGCGACUUUCCCGAACGCAAAGGCUCUCUGGAAGAGAUUGACCAGAGCUUCAAUUUUGGUGAACUCUACCAGAACGACAGGCAACUGCACUGGAAGGAGAUCAAACGGUCUGGCAGUGUUAUUGCGGCCAACAAGGAGCACGUCCAGUUCUCGUCCGAAGCCGUCAUCCACUGCAUCCAGGUGGUGGACAUGCAGCUUGAUGGCGAGAACGCCGAGGUCAUCGUGGAGGACGGCGGCAUUGGUCAGAAAAACGUGCUGCUGAGAUUGAAGAGCCUGCGCAACAGAAACAUGCACUGUCUGGUUAUUAUCUGGGGACAAUAAAGGCAUCGAAUGACACGCUCACCAAUGGCAUGACCGAGGAACCGCCUGUAAUGCUGCACUACAAACUCCAGGAACGCAGUCUGGUGCUCUUCAUUGUUCAGUGAUGAUGUUAAAGCGUGCCAGCUGUCCAGUACUGCUAGGCUGUCAUAGACCUGGGCCAUGACAGCUUCAAAGGUCAUAGGACAAAGAGAGGAGAGGGAGACGGCGGCAGUGCGAGCAAGGAGAGAAAAAUCAGAGGAAAGGAAGAAGACCACAGGAAAAGCCUUGUUACCCCUAUAAAGUGUUUAAAACUUUUAUAAUUGAGUCACGUUUCUGUUUAUUAAUUAAAGAUCCUAUAAAACUG